UGGCCCUUGGAUCUCAUUUUCAUUGAUGAUGAGACGCCUACAAAACCCGCAUCUAAGGAUAAAGGGAUUUUGCGGCACAACGAGUCUGUUGCAUCACAAAAAGAGGUAUUUGCUCAAGGGUCACAACAACUGAGCCAGAAAAUUGGUAGUCGACAGAAAAACAAAAGGGAUCUUCCAGUGACUUAUUUGCCAAAAAAAGGUGCUUUUGUGCCUCGAUACCAGAUAUCUCUUGAAACACUUGUUGACUCAUCAGAUAUGGCAACAGCUGGUGCUAUUCGCUUACUGGAUAUGGAGGAAGAUAUCUUUGGUUAUUCAUGCACUGAAACAAUCGGAAAAGAAGAUCUGGAACAUAUUUUUCGGCAUCAAGAAUUAGGCGUCGGUGUUAUACACACAUACAUCCGGUUCUUGUAUGACAAUUUCAUGCGCGGGAAUGAUCAAUUGUCAAACAGAUUCCGUUUCGUGUCUUCCUCCCUGGUCAACAAAGCAUUAAUUUGUAGGGAACCGGAUUCAUGUAGAGAGUACUUAGUCAAGAGAUUCAUGGCCAGCAGUACAAACAACUUGUAUCUUUGGCCGUAUAAUUCAGGGUGUCACUGGUUGUUGCUUGCUAUUGAUCCUUUAAAAGAAGUGGUAUAUUUUCUAAAUUCGAUAGAUGGUGAAUGGACAAAUUAUCCGGAUAUGAAGCAAUUAGUUGAUACAUCAAUAAAAGUGUUCCGAUCUCAAAGACAAGCUCGAGUACCACGUACUAAAUCCAGCAACAUUACGUGGAUAAAAGUGCAGUGUCCUCUACAGCGCAACGGUAUCGAUUGCGGAUACUUUGUAAUGAGGUUUAUGAGGGAAAUCAUUAAUAUGAAUCAAAUAGAGAUUCCAAUCACGGGGGUUCUAGAGUUUAACGUGUUAAAAGCUCUUGAGCAUUACUGGAUACUCUCAAGAUUAAAUCGUUUGGGAACAUGA